AGGGAAAGGAAGGGUUUUUCCGGGUCACGAGGUCUUUCGGUGGUUAUACCAAAGCCUUCGCUACAAGUCUAGAAGGGAAGAUUAAAACAGAGUACCCAAGAUGGCGAGGCCGCUGUCCAGGACAUUCCGAUCUCUUAAAAGUCCAAACCCCAACCCAAUAAAGGCAUCAUCAUCACCGCCAAAACCAAGAAUUUCACUUCCUAAAUUGAGCUCCAGAUCAUGGUGCGUGUACCUCAUUCUCUCCACCAAUAUCCCCAUCAAAACCUACGUUGGGGUCACCACCGAUUUCCCUCGUCGUCUGAAACAACAUAAUGGUGAACUUAAAGGUGGUGCAAAAGCCUCUCGUGCAGGAAGGCCAUGGGUAUGUGCAUGUAUUAUCCGAGGUUUUAAGGACCAAAGUGAAGCUUGUAAGUUUGAAUCAAAAUGGAAAAGUUUUUCAAGAAAAUCGCCCCGAAAAAGAGAAAAUGAAGACGUGCCAAAGCAUUUAGAUGAGACCUCACAUCUGUUAUUGCAACAUAGGGAAGCAGCACUAAAGAGAGUUAAAGGUUUGUUUGGUUGCUGCCACCUAGAAAUUGACUGGCCAUUGAAUCCUUACUGAUCAGUAAAUGCCAUUCUUAUUAGCUUAUAAAUUUAGAUAAUUUGAGCUAAUCAAAUAUGUUGUAUACAUUGGAAAAGGCAUACUUGGACAUAUGAAUGACAGUCAGUAGCCCAAAAUUGUUGUAUAUUUAUUUGAUGUCAUUGGUAUCAAAACAGAGAAAUGGCCAUGUUUAAAUGAGGACCAUUGAAAUGUACCAAUUCCUUUAUACAUAAUGAGAAUGAAAGAAAAAAUAAUUUUUGUAUGCAGAAACAAAAUGUUU